GAGUUAUGUACAUACCCGCUUUAAACUAGUUCACGCAACGUAUGUAAACGAAUUGUUAUUUUGUCUUAAACGUUAGUCGCUUUCAGAAAGAUGAAUUUUGACGAUAUUUUGAAGGACAUAGGGGAGUUUGGCCCCCUUCAGAAGCGCAUAUACUUUCUCCUAUGUCUACCGAGUCUAAUUGUUUCCGCACAUCUGGUCGUACAAGUGUUUCUGCUUGGAGUACCCGCUCAUCGAUGCAAAAUUCCCGUGUUGCCGAAUGACACUUACGCCGUUCAAAGCGAAGGUCACGCGGACCUUAUUGCAGCAUGGGUACCUCCGCCAAGCAUUGCUAAAAAGGCAUAUGAUGAAUGUUCGCUUUACGUGAAUGGGAAUGAAGAUAUAUCUAACGCGACGUACACAUGCGCUGAAUGGGUCUACGAUAAUGCAGUCUACACGAAUACUUUUGCUAAAAAGCUUAACCUCGUAUGCGGCGACGCCAUUAAAAUUGCAAACGCGCAGACGGUGUUCUUCUUUGGUGUCUUGACCGGUUCUAUAUUCUUUGGGCAGCUGUCGGAUAUUAUCGGUCGACGUAAAGUGUUCUAUCUUGCCCUUCUUCUGGAGCUGGCUACAUCGCUGGGCCUACUAGGAAUGACUGAAUACGCGGGGUUCUGUGUGCUCAUGUUCCUUUUGGGUAGCGCGACUCUUGGAGUCUACAUGACGUCAUAUGUCAUUGGUAUGGAGCUGGUCGGACCAAACAAGCGUAUUUGGACAGGUACAAUAUCACCACUGUUUUUAACCACUGGUCAGAUGUUUCUCAUUCUUAUGGUGUAUCUUAUUCGAGAUUGGAAAUACAACCUCCUGGCGGUUUCAUUACCUGGAUGCCUGUUUCUUCCUUAUUACUGGCUUAUCCCGGAAUCAUGCCGGUGGUUGAUAAGCAAGAAACGUAACGAGGAGGCAAUUCAGAUUCUGCAUAAGGUAGCCAAGACAAAUGGGACUACGUUCAACGAGAAACUGAUACAAGAGCUUCCACCACCUGCUCCACAGGGCCGAGUUUGGCAAUUGUUCUCCAACAAGACUUUAGCUGGAUGGACAUUGAUUAUCUUCUUUAACUGGUUCGUGUGCAGCAUGUCGUAUUACGGCGUUGUCUUAAACACUGGAAAUCUUGGUGGCGACAUUUAUCUCAACUUCGCUCUUCUUGCGUUGGUUGAGUACCCUGGAAAGCUUCUAAAUGUCGUUCUGACGGACAGAGUGGGUCGCAAGAGACUCUUUGUCAUCUACAUGUUCAUCGGAGGAUUAGCAAAUAUUGCUACGAUCGGUCCUAUCGUGAAAGGCGGAGACGAUUUUCAUUAUUUACUGAUUGGGUUGGCGAUGGUCGGAAAACUGUGUAUUACGGCUGCGUUUGGCGUCGUCUAUAUAAUGUCAGCAGAAAUAUUUCCCACGGUUGUGAGGAAUGCAGGGAUGGGAUCCAGUUCUGCCAUUGCGCGAGUUGGAAGUAUGAUCGCUCCAUAUAUUGCUAAGUCGGCCGAUUUAAUCAAGGGUGAUGUUGGCAAAACUAUUCCCCUAACUUUGUUCGGUGCAGCGAUGUUUAUCUCUGGACUUAUGACGUUGAUUCUUCCUGAAACCGUUGGUAAAAAGCUCCCAGAAUCAAUUGAUGACGUCGUUAAACUCAAACAUCCUGCGCAACAGGAGAAGGUGAUUGUAAAUGGACCGGAGAACGACGGGUUUCAGCAAAAAGAGGAUCCUGACAGCACAAAGCUCUAGGAUUGAUAGCAGAAUAUCCACUUAAAAUGUGCGGUCCAGAUGACUAUCUGAUAUUGUUUUAUUUCCUUGUUCAUGCGAAGUGUCAGCUUUUAAAUUAUUUUCAUGUAAAAUAUCGUUUCUCAGUAGCAACGCAUAUGUUGUUAAAUUCUUCCUUCUUUCAAUUCAGCUUAGCUUUGUGUAACGCUAUAGUUGUGAUGAUAUCAUAUAUUGUACACUCAAGCCACUCCUAUCUUAUAAUUUAAACGUUUUGUAAUAAAAAAAAACAUAUACUGUUAGGAGCAAUGAUCUGAGUAGAAGUCAUGGCACGGUAACGUUGUUCGGCAUCUUUAAAUACUGAUAAAUUAGUGGCAUAUUUUACUCGUUACCUAUUCUUGAAGUUUGUUGUGGACUUGUUAAUACCGAUUGUACAAUAAACGAUGGUUAAAACGUGUUAAA